CGCUUCAGCCUGCAGGACAAAGGGGAGGAAAGAAAGCAAAAAGAAAAACAACAACAGCAUUCACUCGUUUCUGCUCACUUCUCUUUGCCUCACUGGCUCGUCUAUCUCCCUCUCUGACACUCUUUUCUUCUGGUAGCUCGUGUUUUAUCUCAUACUUGUCUUUGCUGUCUUAAGAGCCGCAAUAUCUCUGGCCAUGUCAACAUGAAUGCUGGCAUCUAGCUCUCCAGAACAACUAUCUAGAGAAAGCGUGUUAGUUUGGACAACUAUCUCAUAAUAAUAAUACAUUCUUUAGCAGGCAUAGAAGAGCGAGAAGACACUCCCUACACUUUGGUGGCCUCGUUGUUACAGGCCCGGAUCAGUCUAAAGUGGCCCUGGCCCUGCCCCUACAAGUGAGGGUUUGAACACUCCUUUGAUUCUAUCUGCUACUUUGCCUAUUAUUUAGGCAAAUUUCUCUGUGCCUAUAGGCUCGCGUCCUAUCUUUUCCCCCUCUGUCUGUUAUUUCCACUAAGGGAACUAUCUUGUUACGGGCGGUCACACCAGCGCGCUGCUUCAUCUAUGCGUUAUAGAGAUGGAGAUCUUCUGUCGCAACCUCCCAGAGCAGGUUCAAGAGAAACACCUGAUAAAGGAGCUCAAACCUAUUUUAGAGCAUUUCCAAAUUCAUGUCUUCGACUUCCAAAAGGUGGGCCGGAAAAAUGGUAGAAUCACUGUUGCUGAUGCUAGGAAAGGCCAGCACUUCCUCGACACAUACGAAUCACGCAUGAACCCCGUGCGAGGGCCUGGCAGGCCACCUCACCCCUCUGUUACUCUCAAGCUAUAUGGGAUUCCUGUUUAUGUGAGCAAGAGCACCAACGUACCCUAUAAACAACUUCUACAAUCACUUUGGGAGGAAGAAGAGGAGCGACUAAACGCGCGCUUUGCUCCUGCUCCAAGAUCAAUUACAGGGCAGAUUGACCGAGUCAGGCAUUUUAAGGUCACUAUGAUGUCCUGUGGGUCAUGGGACUACCGUGCAAAUCAACCAGUCUUUGUUGAAUACUUCCGAUUUCCAUGCCCAGGAGUCAUCCACAUUGGGAAGACUGCGUUCGAAGCUCUUUUUACAGAUAUUCGGUCCAUGGUAAAAACCAGCAUGGAAAUACCCUACUGGAAUGUGGCUGACGAUAUUUACGUGGGGGCUUAUGCGAAGCCAUCUGUUACCAUCACCACAGAGGUUGCCCCGAGGUUCUAUAUUUCUGAUCCAAUAGAGCAGAUGAAAGUGCAAAUGGCAGCGUUGCUCCAGACAAAAGGGCGUCCUCCACCACCAAAGAGGAGAGUCGGGUAUAUAACGUCCGGCCACGAAAAUAUUUCCGCAAGAUGCUUUACCUAUAGAUUUGCCCUCCAGGACCCUCGAGAUACUGGUGUGGUGCGCAACUUAGCCCAUGACCGCAACGUUCCCAAGAUGAGCACAUGGAACGAUAUGUGCGUUUAUCCUCGACGGCCCUACAAGCUACUAGAUAGGGAAUUUGGGGUCUACCUGGCGCGUAUGCCAUUUGACUACCGUGUCAAAUUCCAGCUGCUGAAACUGGUAUGGAACGGAGAGCUUUCGCUGGACCAAGCCUCGCUACUUCUCCCAGCCGUCCACCGGCUACAUCAACAACAUCCCCACGACAUUGUUGCUCAGGCACUCAUGCGAAUAGACGGAAAUUCAGUCUACCCGUCACCUGGUGUAUUAGCCUCUGAUGCUGGUAUUGAAGCACUUACUGAGACCUUGGAGAAAAACCUAGAUACCAUCUUGAAAGCAAGAACUGAAUGGGACAUCAAUCUUAUGCAUGAGAAAAACGUUUUGGUGCAUCGAGCAACGGUUACUCCUGCCGGAAUCUACCUUUCUGGUCCAUACGCAGAAACGAAGAACCGAAUUUUACGCAAAUAUUUAGAUAAUAUUGACUAUUUCAUUCGUGUCGAAUUCCUUGACGAGACAGGUGACCCUGUAUUCUUUGAUCCACAUGCAAACUUGGAACCAAUUUUCCAUCAAAGAUUUGCUGGGGUCAUGAAGCGGGGUAUUGAAAUUGCAGGCCGUGGGUUCGAGUUUCUUGGGUUUUCUCACUCUUCACUGCGAGCCCAGACCUGCUGGUUUGCUGCCCCUUUCACCACAGCCGACGGUGACUAUCUCAAUGCUAGGACAAUCAUCGGCAAUAUCGGCUACUUUGAUCACAUCCGUUCUCCUUCUAAGCAAGCAGCUAGGAUUGGUCAAGCAUUUUCUGAUACCCUUACCUCCAUAUCUGUCUCCAAGGAGGUAGUCUGGAUGAGAGCACCAGACGUCAAGAGAAACGAUCGUAUCUUUAGUGAUGGGGUUGGAGUUAUGUCUCGCGAUCUAAUGUACAGGAUCUGGAAUGAAUAUGCGCUCCGGGAGAAGGUGAAACCAACAGUUUUCCAGAUCCGUAUUGCUGGAGCCAAAGGGAUGGUUUCUCUGGAUACCAGGAGAAAAGGCGAGUUCUUGAUGCUUCGAGAGUCAAUGGUCAAGUUUCCCACAGAUGAUCUAUACAACAUUGAGAUUUGUGGGGCCGGGAUCAGAGCGUUACCAUUUUACUUGAACAACCAGAUUAUCAAAAUUUUGGAAGACUUAGGGGUUCCAUUUGAAGCUUUCCACCAAUUGCAACAAGACGAGAUAAACUUUCUAUAUUCGACCUUCAAUUCUACGGAACGAGCUGCCAAAUUCCUUGAGGACUCACCCGUACCCAGGUCCCUUCGACUACCAUGGCUGUUCUUAGUUCUCAAGGGUUUGGGAAUACGGUAUACUCGGGACCCUUUCCUGAAGCGGGUAAUGGAGCUCACUACAUUGCUAAGGCUCCGUGACCUGAAAUAUCGUGCAAGAAUACGCGUUCCCAAUGCCGUCACCCUCUAUGGAAUCAUGGAUGAAACUGGCUAUCUGAAGGAAAACGAAAUUUAUUGCGUUUAUUUAGGGGAAAACGGUAGACGUGAGAUUCUUGUUCGUGAUAAUGUUGUUAUCACACGGUCACCAGCUCUGCAUCCAGGUGAUAUUCAGGUUGUCAAUGCAGUGGAUGUCCCAGCAAACUCGCCUCUUCGCAAGCUACAUAACUGUGUUGCCUUCAGUCAACAUGGUGAUCGUGAUCUUCCAAGUAUGCUAAGCGGUGGAGAUCUUGAUGGCGAUCUCUACAAUAUUAUCUAUGAUACCCGGCUAAUUCCUCGAAAGACUAUUCCACCUGCCAACUAUCCUCGGGUUGAAGCCAAAGAGCUAGACAGGAAGGUCGAAACUGAAGAUAUCAUUGACUUCUUUGUUACUUUUAUGCAGCAGGAUCAGUUAGGCCGCAUUGCAACUACACAUCAAACAAUUGCGGACCAGUCGGAGUUCGGCACUUUGGACCAAGCAUGCUUGAAACUCGCUCAUUUACAUUCCGUUGCGGUAGAUUACUCAAAGAGCGGGAUAGCGGUCGAUGUCUUGAGCAUCCCCAGAGCCCCGCGGGUCCGGCCAGAUUUCAUGGCCCAGAGUCCUAGAUUCCGUGUUGCAGAUAGCAUUGAAAGUAUUAUUGGUGAAAAAAAAUCAACCAUGCAGGAAGAUGAUGACGAGGACGAGGACGAUAGUGACCGUAGGAGAAUUCGAUACUACAAGAGUAAUAAUAUUCUAGGUCGACUCUAUCGUUCUAUCGACGAGCGAAGCUUCCUUUGUCAGCUACGGGAUGCAGGAGCUGUUGAUACCAAUACCAAUACAAACGUUCUUCGCUCGAUCUGGAACUAUGUGCUGUCAGAGGUGGAUGGUUUUCUUUGGACCCAUCUCACGGGGAUAUUCCAUGAUACCAGGGAUAUUUAUGAGGAUGAACUUCGCGAAUUAAUGCGUAAAUACUCAGCCACGCCCUUGAAGAGUUCUAUCUCAGAAUAUGAACUGUUCGUCGGUACUAUUCUUGGCCACGGACAUAAGCAACGUCGGAGAGACAAGGAUAAUGCAAAAGAAAUGCGGGAUGAAUACAACCGACUCGUCGAGUUCACGAUUUCUAUGAUCAGAGACACGGAAUCCGGGGGAACAGAAGCACUCGAGCGCUCGAUUGCCUGUUUUUGGGUGGCCAUAAACGGAAAAAGCUCCGGACAGAAGCCAGGUCUUAGAAGCGCGCAUGCACACCAAGAGAAACUCCUCAGCUUCCCUUGGAUUGCUGCAAUGACAUGCCUUGACGAAGUCGAUAAGCUGCAGAGAUAUGCCCCUAUUUAA